AAAACCCAAACGUGAAUUUGCGUUACUAGACGAGGAAAUACAGGAGUACAAAGUUCAGCCGGCUCCUCUGGAAAAUGGCCGGCAUGAGAGUUGUUGGGGCUGCGAGGCAGUUAAUCCGUGCAGGAGGGCUAGCGUUUCGGGGAGACAAGGACUGCAGGCUCCUUUCCACGUCAGCUGUGAUGUGUGCUCGGAAACACUUCAAAGUUGAUCAGAAGGGCGAUGUGGCUGUUGUACGGAUUGAUAGUCCAAACUCAAAGGUUAAUACCUUGUCAGUGGAGGUCCAGUCGGAGUUCUUGGAGGUCCUAAAUGAGGUCCAGAAUAACAGCAGUGUGAGCGGCGUUGUCCUCAUAUCCUCUAAACCGGGAUGUUUCAUUGCAGGCGCAGAUAUUGGGAUGAUUGAUUCCUGCAAGACUGAGGAGGAAGUGAUGAGAAUAUCUCAGGCCGGACAACAAGCCUUCCAGACAAUGGAGGACAGUCCCAAACCCAUUGUUGCUGCCAUCAUGGGAUCGUGCCUUGGUGGUGGUCUGGAGGUUGCCCUGGCCUGUCAGUACCGACUGGCUGUGAAGGAUCGCAAGACCAGUCUGGCUGUACCGGAAGUGAUGCUCGGUCUUCUCCCUGGGGCAGGGGGCACACAAAGACUGCCAAGACUUAUUAGUGUCCCAAAUGCCCUUGACAUGAUGUUGACUGGAAAAAAUAUUCGUCCAGACAAAGCCAAGAAGAUGGGCCUUGUUGAUAGCUUGAUAGAUCCUCUAGGUCCUGGCGUUGCUGCCCCGGAGGAGAGAACUCUUCAGUAUUUGGAGGAUGUGGCCAUUCAAACAGCCAGGGGUCUAGCAAACGGGACGCUAAAGAAGACACCCAGGAACAAAGGUUUACAAGACAAAAUCAUGGACACCCUGUUACAGUAUGACUUCGGCAAGAACUUUGUUUUCAAGAAAGCUCGAGGGCAGGUGAUGAAAUUGUCACAGGGACUUUAUCCAGCCCCUCUGAAGAUAUUGGAAGUGGUGAGGACUGGUCUUGAUGAAGGGAAGGAAGCUGGAUACAAGGCGGAGGCAAAGGGAUUUGCUCAGCUGGGAAUGACAUAUCAGUCUAAGGGCCUUAUAGGACUUUACUAUGGGCAGACAGCUUGCAAAAAGAAUGCAUUCGGAGAGCCAAAGAAUGAAGUAAAGACACUAGCAGUGCUUGGUGCUGGUCUGAUGGGUGCCGGCAUUGGCCAGGUGAGCAUCGACAAGGGCAUGAACGUUAUCCUCAAGGACAUGGCCACCCAGGGGCUGGCUCGGGGGCAGGACCAGGUACAGAAGGGCUUCGACACUCAGGUCAAGAAGCGGAAAAUCACAACCUCUGAGAGAGAUUUAAUCAUGUCUAAUCUGGACUGUACCUUGUCAUAUGAGAACUUCAAGAAUUGUGACAUGGUGAUUGAAGCAGUGUUUGAAGACAUUGGUAUCAAGCACAAGGUUGUCAAAGAAGUGGAGCAGCACCUCCCUGAACACUGUAUCUUUGCAUCCAACACCUCGGCCCUCCCAAUCUCCAAAAUCGCAGAGGCCACCUCCCGACCGGACAGGUUCAUUGGAAUGCACUAUUUCUCACCAGUUGACAAGAUGCAGCUGCUUGAGAUUAUCACCACAGACAAGACUUCACAGGAUACUACAGCCUCUGCUGUGAAGGUUGGGCUGAGGCAGGGCAAGGUGGUCAUCACAGUUAAGGAUGGGCCUGGCUUUUAUACAACCAGAAUACUGGCGCCCAUGUUGGCAGAGGCAAUCAGGCUGUUGCAGGAAGGUGUUAGUCCAACAGACCUUGACAGACUCACUAAGAAGUUCGGCUUCCCAGUGGGAGCUGCAACACUAGCAGAUGAGGUGGGCGUUGAUGUCGCUGCCCAUGUAGCAGAAGAUCUAGGAAAGGCUUUUGGAGAGAGGUUUGGAGGAGGAAGCCCUGAAGUGUUGAAGGACAUGGUUGCAAGUGGUUUCCUAGGCCGCAAGAGCGGAAAAGGCUGCUAUGUGUAUGAGAAGGGGUCCAAGGAUAGACCAGAAAAUGAAGAAGCAAAGAAGAUCAUUCAGAAGUACCAUCUUGAACCUAAACUAGUGAACACAGAUGAAGAUGUGCAGUACCGGCUUGUGUCCAGAUUUGUAAAUGAGGCAGUGAUGUGUCUCCAAGAAGGAAUCCUCAGAAAUCCUCUGGAAGGAGACAUUGGUGCUGUGUUUGGUCUUGGAUUCCCUCCAUUCCUUGGUGGCCCGUUCCGCUACAUGGACCUGCAUGGAGCCAAGCCCCUGGUGGAUCGCAUGCUCAAGUACAGAGACUUGUACGGAAUCCAGUUCCAGCCAUGUCAGCUGCUCCUAGACCAUGCUAACGAUCCAUCUAAGAAGUUCCACUCUUGAGCCUGAACAAAAUAGACAUUAAGAUUAUGACUGUGAUGUUUUCCAUGACAUAAGCAGUUGCCUCCCUUGUUGUGGAGUGUCAGAUAUUCAUCAUGUGCUAUUCAAGUUGAGUGAGUGGUGUACACAUUUCAUGCACACAAAGUGCUACAUCUAUUGUAAAUAUUAUUGUGUGAAUGAAUAUCAAAGUUUUCCAAUAAAACUUACAUGUGUAACAGUA